CCCUCCACGCCUGCGCGUAGUUGCGCGGACGCUGGCCCGUGGCGGGGAAUGGCGGCGUCUUCCAGUGGCGAGAAGGAGAAGGAGCGGCCGGGCGGCGGCUCGGGAGCUGCAGGCGGUAACAGCACACGUGAGAGGCUGCUGUCUGCGCUGGAAGAUCUGGAGGUCUUGUCGAGAUAUUCCCAUAGAGAAACCUUCCUUGACCACCCAGUAGAACUUAUAGAAAUGCUGGCGAUUUCAAGAAACCAAAAGUUGUUACAGUCUGGAGAGGAAAACCAGGUCCUGGAGUUGUUAAUUCAUAGAGAUGGGGAAUUUCAAGAACUAAUGAAAUUGGCACUUAAUCAGGGAAAAAUCCAUCAUGAAAUGCAAGUUUUAGAAAAAGAAGUAGAAAAAAGAGACAGUGAUAUUCAGCAACUACAAAAACAGCUAAAGGAAGCAGAACAGAUACUGGCAACAGCUGUUUACCAAGCAAAAGAAAAACUCAAGUCAAUAGAAAAAGCAAGAAAAGGUGCCGUCUCCUCUGAAGAAAUAAUUAAGUACGCACAUAGGAUUAGUGCAAGUAAUGCUGUGUGUGCCCCACUGACCUGGGUCCCAGGUAAAAGGGACCCACGGAGACCAUACCCAACUGAUUUGGAGAUGAGAAGUGGAUUAUUGGGCCAGAUGAACAACCCUUCCACUAAUGGAGUGAACGGUCAUCUACCAGGGGACGCACUUGCAGCAGGCAGAUUGCCAGAUGUCCUUGCUCCGCAGUAUCCAUGGCAGUCAAAUGAUAUGGCAGUGAAUAUGUUACCACCAAAUCACAGUAGCGACUUUGUGUUGGAGCCUCCAGGACACAACAAAGAAAAUGAAGAUGAUGUAGAGGUUAUGUCAACAGACUCCUCAAGCAGUAGCAGUGACUCUGAUUAAAAAAGCGUAAGACAAAACAUACAGAAUUGAAUACUAUCAAAUUCUGUUCCUUAAAUAAUUGCAAACCUGUAAAAAUAGCCAGGUGGAAUUGUGCUGCCUAUUAAAAAUCACAGUGGACUUGCUUUUUAAAGCCAAAAAUCUUGGUUUCAGUUCUAAACCACUACGUGAAUAUUUAGAGAAGAUCAAAAUUUACUGUUGGAAAAAAAGAUUAUUCAGUUCAGUGCCGUCUUGUUCUAUUCCAGUUGUGUUGGACUUGUGCAUAGUAGUUCUGGAAAUAAGAUUUUAGGGAAAUGACCCAUGUACAUAUCACUAAUAGGCCUCCUGGAAUUAUUAAGAAAAGCAUAAACAAAGGCAGCAGAUCACUGAAUGUGCAUCAUUAACUCAGAAUAACAGAAACCCUCAUUUGAAAGUAAAGGCUGUUAGCUUCUGUCACAGGAACAGGAGAAAUCGUCUCAGUUUGUACUAUUUGUAAUUAUUGUAUAUUUUGUAAACUCACUUUUGUUUGUACUUUCUAUGCUUUUUUUUUUUAAAAAUUAUACUUUCAGCAUAGGUCGGAUAUUUCUGUAAAUCCAGUUGCAUUUUGUACAUACUUUAGAAUUUGGAGGAUCUGAACUAGUUAAUACCAACUUUGGUAGGUUUCUUAAAGGCACACACUGCCAUUCUUAGAAGAAAUAAAAUGAAGUAGUUUUUUAAACGAA